AGUGGCCACGGCGAGGGAGGGCCCAGCCUCCGCGUCCCUCCCCCAGCCGGCGCGCCCUUUGCAUAAAGCGCUCCCGGGCCAAGGUGGAGGAAGUUGGGCUCCCGCCUGCGGGAGAGGCGGGAGGGAACGCUCUCCUGUUGUUUUCCGCCCAGCGGGCGCAGGGGGCGGGUGCGCCCUACCACCCGGGUCGGGCGCCGGGGAGUGGGCACCGGCACCCGCCGUCCGGCGCAGCUCCCAGUCUCGGACAUCGGCUUUACUCCCCCCGUAGCCCCAAGCAUCCCUUCCUGGGGGCCGCUCUGCCGCCGCGAGGAUCCAGGAGGAGCCGUCGGAACCCCAGGGCCCGGGGCCCCAGGGCGCACGCCCAGCCUGGCCGGAGGAGCCUGUUCUGGUUGAACUGGGAUCUGGGGCGAGAUGGCCGCGGGAGUCCUCGUCUGCCUCGGGGCGCUCCUGGCACGCUGGGUCGUGGCAGGGUCGGAGGCUGUCGUGGUGACCGUGGGAGAAGUCGACGAGGCCGUCACUCUGCGCUGCGGAAACGUCUCAGGGCCCAGGGGGCCGGUGUCCUGGUACCGGAGUGCCUCGGAGCCUGUCCUCCUCGUCUCCUCCAACUCCAGCUUCCCGCCAGCCUCGGCUCGUUUCUCUCUGUGGAACGCCAGCUCCCUGCACAUUGCGGCACUGAGCCUGCAGGAUGAAGGAAACUACACCUGCCAGGAGACCCUGAAUGAGACCCAGCAGUUCCGAGUGUGGCUACAGGUGGCCAGCGGCCCCUAUCAGAUUGAGGUCAACAUCUCUACCACCGGGACCCUCCCCAAUGGCACCCUCUAUGCAGCCAAGGGCUCCCAUGCAGACUUCACCUGCACCAGCAGCGCCUGGCCUCCGCCCAUGGUUGAGUGGUGGUUCAAGACCCCAGAUUCCAGCGACGAGCCAUUUGGGAACAACCUGACAGUCACCAGCUUCACGCUCUUCCUCAUGUCGCCAAAACUCCAAGGCAACUAUACCUGCUUGGCUGAGAACAUGCGCAGUGGGAGACAUCGAAAGGUGACCACCGAGCUCCUGGUCUACUAUCCUCCUCCAUCGGCUCCUCAGUGCUGGGCAGAGGCGCCGUCGGGAUUGUCCAUGCUGCAGCUCACCUGUCGCUGGGAUGGUGGAUACCCAGGCCCUGGCUACCUGUGGACAGAGGAGCCAGGAGCACUCAUCGUGGGGAAAUCAAAGCUGGGGGUGGAGAUGCUGAACCAGUCUCAGCUGUCGGACGGCAAGAAGUUCAAGUGUGUUGGGAGCCACAUAGUGGGGCCGGAGUCUGGAGCCAGCUGCGUGGUACAGAUCCGGAGCCCCUCCCUUCUCUCUGAUCCUAUGAAGACUUGCUUUGUAGGGGGCAAUGUGACCCUCACGUGCCAAGUGUCGGGAGCGUACCCCCCUGCUGAGAUCCUGUGGCUGAGGAACCUCACCCAGCCCAAGGUGCCCAUUCAACCCAGCAGCCACUAUGUCAUCACCCAGAACGGCCAGAGCUCUACCCUUACCAUCCACAACUGUUCCCCGGACCUGGAUGAGGGCUACUAUGUCUGCCGGGCAGAGAACCCCGUGGGGGUGAGGGAGGUGGACAUCUGGCUCAGCGUGAAAGAACCUCUAAACGUCGGGGGGAUCGUGGGCACCAUUGUGAGCCUCCUCCUGCUGGGACUGGCCGUCAUCUCCGGGCUCAUGCUGUAUUACAGCCCCGUGUUCUGCUGGAAAGUAGGAAACACUUUCAGGGGACAAGACACAGGUGACGUCAUGGUUUUGGUGGAUUCAGAUGAGGAAGAGGAGGAAAGGGAGGAGGAGGAGGAGGAUGCUGUAGAAGAGGAGGAGGAGGAGGAGGAGGAGGAGGCAGCCCGUGAGAGAGCCGACUUCCCAACAGAAAUGCGCAAAUGUGGCCACAUCCACAGAGUGACCGCCCUGGUGAAUGGGAACUUGGAAUGGAUGGGAAACGGACUCCAGGAUCUUCAAGAUGACGUCAGUGAGCUGCCAAGUGACGUUCAGGAAGAAGACAGACCAGUCUGAGGAAGAGGAUUAUCAUUCACCGUUAUUUUCUCUGGAAGCAAGACUGAAGAGUUCUUGCUUCACCGUGGACUUGACUUGUUCCCCUGCCUGGGGGCUUGCAUUAGUAAGUUCAGGUCUCUCUGCAAACUGGACAAGACACACACAAACACCUUUCCUUCCAUUUUUAAACAAAAAUUGGUUUCCUACGCUGUAGAUUUUUCAGAGAUGUUAAAAAGCAUUGGGAAGGAGCCACGUGUAUAGGAGAGAUGCCACUUCUACUGUGCCUCCUGGCUGUACCAGGCUGACCUACUGUGACAAACACUGACUGGCCCGGGAAACAUUUAGGCACUGGUACCCUUUGCCACUAUGAAAGAUUGGUAACCCAGCUUUGCCCAGCAUAAAAGUUGAGCACCUUGGGUGUAGGUAAGGAAGUGUCCUUUAUCACUGCUCAGGUAACCAGGCAAGUGUGAGCUGCAUGGGCGAGGUGAGGCCUGAGCCUACCUACUGAUUCCCUGCAGAGUGGUGUCAGGAACCACCAGCUCAAACCUGGGCCCUGCUUCUUUUGUGUUCCAUGGGCUGGUCUCACUGACCCCUCCCCAGGCCUCGGCUUCUUUCUCUGUGGAACGGAUGAACUCAUACCCACCUUCCAGGCAGGUGGUGAGGACAGAUGAGGGCAGUUUGCCUGUUCAAGUGCCUAGUUGGUGCUCAAUGGACGUUACGUGUCUUCUCUGCCUUCCUUCGGGGUAGAGGGAAUAGUGCGCACUGAGUCGCAAGUGGCUGCCGGGGCUGUUAAUCGGGGCGUGAUCAGAGCAUGCCUUAGCGAUCUCUGUUUUCCCUGGAGACACAAAUCUUUUCAAGAAGCAGGGCCCGACAGGUGCCUUUUCUUGGAACCUCAUGUGUUUCAGAGCAAAGCCUCCCAGGUGUUGUGCCUGGGAGUAGGCUGCAGCCUUUCCUGUUCCUUGUCUCUGCUGUUGCUGUCAGUGAAGGCAGAAUGUAUGUUUUGUAAGAACUCCUUAGACCAAGUCAGUCCAUCUGGACUCAGUUGCUCUUAGAAAUGGGAACAGGGAAGACCUCUUUUCCUUCCUACUUCCUAAAGACUUGAUGAGGAUACAAAGAUCAAUGACACCACGUUUCAAAUGAAAAUAAUGGAUGAGUUUGGGCUGCUGAUGCUUCUAGCACAUCCUUGUGUAGUUGAGGUGGUUUUUUUUUUUCCUUAUUUUUAUUUUUUACUUGCAUCCAAAUCUCUGUCCAAAGUCAGGGACCUCACAAGGGUGCAAUAGAUGUGUGCUAAACCUGAAAAGUUGACUUGAAUUUGCACUCUUUACUGUUAUAUAGCCUGCUGCAGUGGGCAAGUCCUAGGGCUCAAAGAACUUCCUUCCUUUCAGUAUCUGGCACUGGGAUUCCAAAAUUGAGAAGCUGGUUAAAGUAACCCCGCUGCAGGUGUGACUGAAGGGACAAAACUGAGCAAAUCACUCAAAGUGGGUCCUGUCCCCAUCUCAGGAACUGGCUGCAAUUUCUACUCCUCAGGAAUAGCUGUGAAGUAUGACUGUGCUUGACCAGGGCUUAGCCCGCCUUGUAGCUCCUAGGGGACUCAAUGGCUCUAAACAGUGAAAGUCAGUGUCAUUUCAGCUGGCUUCAAAAGUCACUGAAGAUUAAGCCGGUCUCACCUCGCCUCUCUAGGUUUUAAAAGCCUGACUUCUUGAAUUUAAGCAUCUGCUCUUCAGAGGCAAGAGGUUUAAGAGAAAAAAACAAA